AUGGCAUACCCUCCGCAUCCGAACCAGAGGGUCCCUCCGAUGCGAAACUAUGGCCCUCGCCCCCCUCCUGGCCGAGGUGGGCCGCCCCGGCCUCCUCCACAAGGUGGAGGCUAUGAUCUUGGCUAUGACGACUAUCGUGGAUAUGGAGGCGGUGCUCCGGGUCCUGCUGGGUAUGGACCUCCCGGUAAUAGAGCGGUCCCGAGAUCGCAGGGUCCCCCGCGAGGCGCGCCCCGGCCUCCACGAGGUGGUCAAGGCCCUCCGAUAAAUGAUCGAGGGUAUGCGCCUCGCGGACGCCCUCCACCCCCGGGAUACGAUCCUCGCCGUGGUAAUGGGGACAGACCUCCGCCACCAAGGCAGGAUCGCAUGAGGCCUCCUGCACGUGCGCCGCAAACCCCCGACCCUAUGUCGUGGGACAAUCCCUUCCCAUCGUUUCCCGCAAAGGAGCCCCGCGGACCCAGAAGGAUCGAAGAUAGCAUGGCUGCAAUGGAUCUCGGCGGUGCCCCGAUGUCCCCUACAGUAGUCCCGGAACGCCCGCAUACCUCGCACGGUCGACGACAACAACAACCUCGGCCUGUGUCGCCCGGUCGUGCUCGAGGCAACUCCUCCGCGAGUCGAAUGAGGUCGGCCAGUACAGGCCGUCCUGCUCCGGACCCAUCCGAUCGCCCCAACAAGCAGUACACAGAUCCUAAUGGACCUCCGCCGAUACCUCAUAUUAACCGAGCCGCUACGAUGCCUGUUCCUUCAGCAUUACCGCCUGCGCCCAAGCCGCUGUACCCGGGGCAAUCGACCUAUCAAGACCCUGCAUCCCCUCCGCGACACGGUGCGCAGGAAACUUUUGACACGGGGGCAUGGGUGGACAGCUAUUACAACUCGAAGCACGCCGGUGACAAUGACAUGCCGAACUUUGAUGCUAUGCCCGACUCUGCCCAUGGGGGCAUUGAUGAAAGCCUACCCGGCUUAGAACAGCCAAGACCCAGAGCAGCACCCGUUGAAUCACCGCCGUCGUCUCGAGGAGGGUACACUGCGUUUAGUCCCCAUUCGCCGGAUGAGGUCCAUUAUGGCCACUCCCCCCCUACUAUGGGACCGGCUGGCGCGACAAACCAGUUCGCAGAUGCCGGAUUUCACUUCGACCUACCCAGCGAGGCGCCAAUGGCUCACUCCGGCUAUCCCCAGCAAGGCUACCCCCAGGACUACCAGCAAGACUACCACCACGAUAGUGCGGGCUAUGCAUACAACCCCGAACCUUAUGAGGUCCCUUACGAAGACCCGUACGCCCAAGAACAAGGGAAUUGGGGAUCUACCACGCAGGCAUAUUCCGACACUCGCGGUGGUUAUGCCGCUCGAGAGAACUCCGUUCGGAGCAAUGGAGCGCCUCGUCCAUACAGGGCCAAUCCCCCUGCGCCUGCACAUGAGCCUGUUCAACCUAUGAACCCACCAGAUGUCCCAGACCCCCAACUGAGCCCGGACGCACUUCCGCACCACCCUGUUCCAUUUCGUCCGGGUCAUGAUCAAGCAAGCAAGCCUGCACCCGUACGGCAAUACAACAGUUCCACCACUUCGGCAUCGCCCCCAGCCGCGCCGCAGGCCUCUCUUGCCGAAUCCGCCCCAUCCGGGCCCGUCACUCAGCAGGAGCUUCAACGCCUUCAACAGCUUGUCAAAAGCAAACCAUCCGACCAGAAGACGCAUCUUCUCUUCGCGCAGAAGUUGAUCGAAGCCGCCACUGUCUUGGUUGAUGGCAGCAGAAUGGACCCGAAGGCGAAGGCCAAAGCCCGGGAGAAGUAUGUCAUGGAUGGUUAUAAAAUCAUCAAAAAGUUGGCGUCCAAUGGCUUUGCGGCUGCGCAAUUCUAUCUUGCAGACUGCUACGGCCAGGGACUCAUGGGCCUUCAAGUGGACCCUAAAGAGGCUUUCAAUCUGUACUAUGCCGCUGCCAAACAGGGACAUGCGCAAUCUGCCUAUCGGGUCGCUGUCUGCUGCGAGAUCGGACAAGAAGAAGGUGGCGGUACCAAACGCGACCCUUUCAAGGCGGUGGAGUGGUACAAACGCUCUGCGGCGCUGGGUGACCCGCCAGCAAUGUACAAGAUGGGAAUGAUUAUGCUCAAGGGGCUUCUCGGCCAACAAAAGAACCCGCGUGAGGGUGUCGCAUGGUUGAAGCGCGCUGCGGACCGUGCUGAUGCCGAAAACCCACACGCGCUUCAUGAACUCGCUCUCAUGUAUGCGAACGGCAACGACGUCGUCGCUGGCGAUGAGGCCUAUGCUAGUCAGCUAUUUCACCAGGCCGCCGAACUCGGGUACAAGUUCUCGCAAUUCCGUCUGGGCUCUGCCUACGAGUAUGGGUUGAUGGGAUGCCCUGUCGACCCCCGACAGAGUAUCAUCUGGUACACCCAUGCUGCGUCGCAGGGUGAACACCAAAGUGAACUCGCGCUCAGUGGAUGGUACCUGACCGGUGCGGACGGUAUCCUGCAGCAGAGCGACACGGAGGCAUACCUUUGGGCGCGGAAAGCCGCAAGCGCCGGCCUCGCCAAGGCAGAAUACGCGAUGGGCUAUUUCACGGAGGUUGGUAUUGGCAUUGCGGCCAAUCUGGACGAUGCGAAGCGAUGGUAUUGGCGGGCAGCUGCCCAACAAUUCCCCAAAGCUCGCGAGCGUCUCGAGGAACUCAAACAGGGCGGCGCCCGGAUGCAGAAGACGCGACUUUCCCGGUCUGCUGUCAACCAGCAGAAGCAGAACGACGGCGACUGCAUCCUGAUGUGA